UUCUAAAACAAUAUUUGUGAUACUAGACAGCAGGCGAGUCAACACAAGGGAUGAGUGAGGACAGACAUCUGUGCAUGCUGCAGAUCUUCAUUCUCAGAAGGUAUUUAUAAGGACCUCCAAAGAGUGUUCAAUAACGGUCUUGUGCUGCUGGUUGGUUGACUAAGCUGUGAAAGAAUUUAAGGUGCGUCCACCUGCAGCCUUUAGGUCUUACGUGACGUGUUGUCUGGUGGAAUGGCAGAUGCCAGUGCAGCAGGGACGCUCCCACAGGUAUUUGUGGUGGACACCAAAGGCAACUCUGUCUCAUUGCCCACCAGAAAGGAUCCCAGAUGGACCAGAGUGGGACAAAAGUUUAUUUUCCUGCUGGUUGGGGUGUCCUUGUUGGGACUUGUUGUUGAAGGAUAUUUCAUCUACAAACUGUAUAACAAAACUGAGAACCUGUGGAGCAUCAAACUGUUGGCCCAGAAGGGAGACAACAUAAUGAGUCAAAAGGAGCUUCAAGGACACAGUAAGAUUCCUGCAGAAGAGCUGAAACGGAAUCCCUCUGCACACCUUCUGGGUUCCAGCAGUCCUGUCAGAGAAGACAGUGUGGUGCAGUGGGAUCAUACCUCUGGUGAUGCCUUCACCCACCACAUGGGCUACAAAAAUGGCUGUUUGUUGAUUGAAGAGGGCGGUUACUACUACCUCUACUCCAAAGUGCACAUAAAGGCUGCAGGGGAGUGUUCCCUUGUCAAGCACAAAAUUAUGAAGCACACCACAGCCUACGACAGAUCUAUAGAGCUCAUGAGUUCAAAGAGCUUCCACUGUCAUACACCAAACACAGCAGGCACAAAGGAUGAGAAGACUACAGGCACUGAAGAGCUGUGGGACACCUUCCUGGGCGGGGUCUUUCUCCUGGAGCGGGGCGAUCAAAUUUUUGUCAUAUUAGAGGACAGAAGAAAGAUUCAUCAAGGACCUGCUUCUAACUUCAUGGGAGCCUUCAUGAUAUCUCCAUCGUGAGAUAGACGACAAUUUGCUGUGCUUUUGUGAUAACUGGUUAACGAAACUAAUACAUAUAUACUGUUACUAGCAUUCUAGAAAACGUGACUUAGUCAUUUGGAAAGAAAUGGUUGUAUAAUCAUAAGGUGUGUCUGAUAUUCAGGCUGGAUCAUGUGUGUCUGUAUCAUACAUAUUUUUUAUGUGAACGAAAUGUGUUAAUAAAUGUGUUUCCAAUGAUUCUGCCAACUAAUCCACAAUAGGGGAACAAGCAAGUGCAUUCAGAAUGCAGGUCCUAAGUCCAGAAGUAAGGUUGUGCCAAGAAGGGCAUCAGGUAUAAACUUUGUCAAGCCCAACAUGUGGCUCGCAAACUGAAUUUCCAUGCUGAAUAAAUCAGUGUGUGAGUUAUCAACAACUGCCCCCGGUGUUGUUGUCCAGCAGGGUGCUGGUGGAAACUGGGCUACUGUUGGGCAAAGAAGGUAAAGGAAAAGAAGAGGAGGUGGACGUGCUGGAAGCAGCAGGAGAAUAGAAAAUUUAGAUGUGUGGAAAUUAACACAUCUGAGGGCCCAGGGCUGAGUGUCAGCCCACCCUCCUUUUUAAAGAAAGUUAGUUCAACACCCACCUGGAAUUAUUUAUUUAUUUAUUUAUUUUUUAAUUAAAUUUUGG